AUGCCGAGACAGCGCGAUUAUACCGAAGAUGACGUCAAGCGCGCUCUUCUUGCGAUCGAAAACGGCGCGUCUGUGCGGCAGGCUGCCAAGCAGAACAAGGUCCCCUUCUCUACCUUGAAAGGCCGCAGAAAAGGAGCGUUGCCGGCAUCGGACGCGUUCGAAAGCCAUCAGAAGCUGUCGAUAGAACAAGAAAAACACCUCUGUGGCUGGAUCAUCGUGCAAGGCAUGAUUGGGCGCCGUCCCACGCACGCGGACAUCCGGGCGAUGGCUACCAGCCUAGUCGAUCCAACUGGGCAAACCGAAUUUGGGAAAAAGUGGAUGAUGGCCUUCAUGCGUCGAAAUCCGUCUAUGAAAAUUGCUCGAACAAAGUCUUGA